CAUCUCGCAUUUUCACAUUUCUUGCACAACAAGAUAUUCUUUAAUUCUCUCAUAUUUCUUAAUAAUUUCUCAAAAAAAACCAUUCUUUUUGAUCGGAAAAAUGGCUCAGAGAACAGAAAAGGAAGAAACGGAAUUCAAAUCGCUACCGGAAACCCUAACUCUCUGCGUCAACAACUGCGGCGUCGUCGGAGCUCCGGCGACGAACAACAUGUGUCAAAACUGCUUCAACGCCACUACAACGACGUCGCAACGCAACCGUACCAGAUCUAAUUCCGUUACGUCAUCAUCACGUACGGUAGAUCUGCUGUUAGAUGAAUCAAUUGUUGUUGUAGAUGAACAAUUGAAGGAUUUGAAGCGGAACGAAGUUACGGUGGUAAAGAAGGUGGUUAAUCGGUGCUCUGGUUGCCGGAAAAGAGUCGGUUUGACCGGAUUCCGGUGCCGGUGUGGUGAUUUGUUCUGUUCGGAGCACCGGUACUCUGACCGGCAUGAUUGUAGUUAUGAUUAUAAAACCGCUGGUCGUGAAGCGAUUGCGAAGGAUAAUCCGGUGGUUAAAGCGGCAAAAAUCGUUAGAAUAUGAAAGUUUUACAUACUUGUUUGUUAUGUUUGAAUGUUGUGAUGUGAAAAGUUGUGAAAUUUGUUAUGAUCACUCGAUGAUGAUUGUAGUGUUUCGAAAUUAAGUUAUUUUUUAGAGAAUUGAAGUUUUAUCUGCUGGUAAUUGAGAAUUUGAGAUUGCAUGCU